CGACACAAGAGGGCGUUGUAAGUGGGAGGAGGCGUUUCCAUGUUGGAGGAUGCAUACAAGGUGUGUGGGAAAUUUUAGGUACCUGUUUUUAUGUCAAAUAUAAGCGUUUCGAGGCGUCGUUGCAAAUCCGUGCUUGGCGUGAGAGGUUUAUCUGGAUGCAUGAACAGGACAAGAAAGACGUGUGAGAGGUGAUCUUCGCAGCCUUGUGUCUCCGCGCUUGGAUACACACACUGCGUACGGAUGUAAGAAGGUGGUUGUUUGUAUGGAUGCACGUAAAUACAUGCAGAUUUAGGACCCUGGCCUGAUGGAAAAGAGAGACAGGAAGCCUGGAUAUUUUGCCAGGCUGAAGAGGCGGAAACAGCUCAGGGGGAGCCAAUCGGAGAAGACUGUGAAUGAACAGAAUCCGGAAAUCAUCUCCUGUUCCGACAUUCCAAAUGACAGUGACGGCAACAAAAAGGCAGAGCUACAGAGAGCGACAGGAAAGCCAGAUGAUGGCUGUAAAGUUACCAACAAGGCAAAAAUGGAAAAGACAAGGCCGCCGGGGACAGUGGAGUUCGUUGUGGGACGUGACGAUUCCCUCAACAGCAUCGCACUCAAGUUCAACAUCACCCCAAAUAAACUGGUCCAGCUGAACAAGCUGUUUUCUCGCAGUGUCUACCCCGGGCAGAAACUGUUUGUCCCUGAUGUGACUCAGUCAGAAACUGAACUCAAAUCUCCGACUUCCUCUGAUCCCAUCGCUAAAAACGUGUCAGAGAAGUCAUCACAAUAUGGCGUUCCAAACUGUAGGUCAGCAACGGCCCUUCGCCGCGAGCUCUCCCCAAGCUCUGAGGACGAGAGUCCGUUAACGGUCAAAUUCAUAAAAAUGAGCUGCAAGUACUUCACUGAUGGCAUGGGUGUUGUUGGAGGCGUGUUAAUUGUGACGCCCAACAACAUCAUGUUUGAUCCGCACAAGUCGGACCCCCUGGUGAUCGAGCACGGGUGUGAGGAAUACGGCCUCAUCUGCCCAAUGGGGGAGGUCGUCUCUGUAGCGCUGUACGACGACGUGUCGCGCAUGAAGCUCAAGGACGCUCUGCCAUCAGACCUACCCCAGGAUCUGUGUCCUGUGUACAGGCCCGGAGAGUGGGAACAGCUGCCAUCAGAGCAGGAACUAAACCCCUUCAGUCGCUAUGAAGCUCUGAAUCCCAAACAACCAAUAGUUCUGGAUGACAUUGAAUCAACCCUUUCUGAAACUGUGAGUACAGUGGGCGAACAGACAGAGAAGUCUCCAUCAGAUGAAGGCUUUACCGAGCUGGAGCCAACUGUCAACGGGAGCACAGACGAGGCAGAGGGGACAUCCUGCAGAACACUCGACAGAGACCAACAUGAACUCCUAGGACAGAGUCCAGGCCAGGGAGACCAUAAGAACCAAACUCAAGGGAAGCUGGAUGAUGAGGAAGACGAAGGUGUUGCUCAGAACACCUCCAUCGAGGAUGGAGAGUCGAUACUGUCCUCCUCAGAGGCUGAAAAACAGGGUGACUUGCAUAAUAAACCUACAAACCAGAUGGUAACUGAAACCAAAGACGCAAACUGUGAAGGAACUGAAAAGCUGCUAAACGGUGUUGAUGAUAAAAUAACAAGUGCACCAGUGGACCAAAUCAGGAGGCAAAGUCUGAAGCAGGCUUCAGAGGUUGAUGAGACGUCUGGCCCAGACAGACCAGCAGAGGAGGACGAACUCAGUGAGGAGGAGAGGCAGAAGAAAACCUAUGAGUUGGAGAUGAAAUCCUGGCUACUGAAGAGAAUGCAAGCUCCAAUAGAAGACAUGCUUUUCUCAUCAGAGGAGAAGAGCAAAAACCCACCAAUGUUCCUCUGCUUCAAAGUUGGGAAGCCAAUGCGGAAGUCCUUUGCCACCUGCAUGACCUCUAGCCCCGCCCACUCAUUCGGGGGCCGGGAAAAGCAGCCAGAAUAUUGGUUUGCUGUGCCACAGGAAAGGGUGGACGAUCUGUAUGCCUUCUUCGUUCAGUGGUCCCCAGACGUGUACGGGAAGGAGGCUCGAGAGCAGGGCUUUGUUGUGGUGGAGAAGGAUGAGCUGGACAUGAUUGAUAAUUUCUUCAGCGACCCUGCAUCUUGCAGCUGGGAGAUUAUCACCCUUGAUGAGGCUAAACGUAGGCAGAGUUUUGGCAGUAUCGAUGUAGACUUCUCUAUGGAUGCACUCCCCAUGCUCAUUGAUACAAGUGAUCUGCUGCAGGAUACACACAUUGAGAAGCUGGCCUGUCGUUUGCCUGCCCGUGUGCAGGGCUAUCCAUGGAGACUGGCCUACAGCACAGAGAAACAUGGGACCAGUCUGAAGACUCUGUAUAGGAACCUUGCAGAUGUUGACAGUCCUGUGCUGCUGGUCAUCAAAGACAUGGAUAACCAGAUCUUUGGGGCAUUUUCAACUCAUCCUUUCAGAGUGAGCGAGCACUGCUAUGGUACAGGAGAGACCUUCCUCUACAGCUUCUGUCCUGAAAUCAAGGUGUACCGCUGGACAGGGGAGAAUUCCUACUUUGUGAAAGGCAAUACCGAUUCACUGCAGAUGGGAGGAGGAGGUGGUCAGCUGGGUCUGUGGCUGGAUGCCGAGCUGUACCGAGGGACCACCACCAAAUGUGCCACCUUUAACAACCAGCCACUGUCCUCCCAGCAGGACUUUAACAUCCACAGUCUGGAGGUCUGGACCUUCGAGUAAACCCAUCUUCUCAAACUACAUUCACUCUCCCUAAAACCUUUAACAUCACCCAUUUCUAUUAUGCACCACUUGGAGGCAAACCUAGCUACCCACAAAUGACGCUAAAUGUUAUGUGAAUGAAGUUCAGAAGCCCCUCGUGGAGCCAUGUUGACCGCCGGCCGCGCUGUGUCUUCUGUAGCCUGUUUUUGAAGUGAGUGUAUUCAGCAGGUAGGCUGGCGAGUUUGUCUGGGUCACCGUCCGUUCAGAGGUGAAGAUGUAAGAAAAUGUUUUUUGCUCUUGGUUCAUUGGCUGCCUUAGACAUCAGACAAAGCCUCCAGCUUCCCCCAGCAUGCAGACUGCCUUACCACCAUAAGCUUGUGAGGAGAGAUUGAAGGUGAGGAUAGCUGCUUUUUGUGUUUUUCUCUUUGUUUGUUUUGACCCAUGUUGCUGUGAGGGCUAAAGAAGCCAAUCUGCUGACGAUACUAUUGAGGUGAUCCCUAUAAGAGCUGAUUUUUAAGUCUGCGUGAAAGAAAAAGGAGUCCGACAAUACCACAUGUCUCUUUGUUAAUAAAUAAUUGUUAAUAUAAUUUGUAUUUUGGGGAAUGUACAGAUGUGUGUACUGAAAAUACUUAGUGGCUUCUUUUUUUUUUGCUUUUUUUUCAAAUGUUCAAAUCACUCGCCAUCAAAUUCAGUUUGGCUGGAAUUGUUUACAGUGAAAGAGUUCACUUUCUGUGAAGGACAUCUUGUGAACGCUGUCUUUAUCUUUUUAUUUUGAGUUUGUUCAUGUGAAAUGAGUGAAUUCCUCACAACUGCGCACAAUGUUGGCAUUCCCUGUGUCCAGUCCAAAAACUGCUGACGGAGCCAGGAAACACUUGCAGUGACCAAAUAUGUUCUGUUUAAUUAAAUAAUUUCAUAUUUGUUGUGCGCUCGUCUUAUUUUAUAAA